GAUAAUCAUUGAAUCAACAAUUUUUCAACGCUUGUGCUCUUUAAAUAAGGUCUUUCGUGUAUGGAGAAAAUUAUUGCUGGAAGAACUUCGUACUUAGUGAUCUGACUUUUUAAAAUAUUAAAAUUAAAUUAAAGACGAUAAAUUUUUUAUAACUGAUCUGAUGUUCUUUUGGAGAUAGGUCCCUGUGAAUGCAUCUUUGGGCUACCUAGCAAUGGGUCAUUUGAGUAUACCUUAAUGGGCUAUUUAAUCCGAGAGCCUAGCAAAACUCUCAUAGAAAGCCCAAUCGAAGCUUGAGCUAUUUAGCAUUUAGGAGACUGGGACUCGCAACUUCACAAACUCAAUUCAAUAUUUGCACGCUUUAGAACUGCAGUCUUUGGGAGCUCAAUUGGCAAGCUGUGUCUUGACUCUUGAGUUAUUUAGAUGUCGACGGAGGAACAGAGCAUUGACGUAGCUAACAGUUCGGAAAGCAAAGCCCAGAAUCAUGAACAAGAGGAACUAGAUGAAGAGUUACGCGCCCUUCUACUGCCCGACGUAUCCAGUCUUCCCCAGACUCCACCUUCCGCCGUUGAAUCCAACUUUGUCACUUACUUUGCUUUAGAUUUUAUGAAGCCCGGACACGAUCAGUAUGUUUACCGGCACGCCAAUGGCUUGUGUGUGAUCGGCUUGGCUCCUUCCCACGUUGCUUUCAAAGAUGAAGGUGGAAUCACAGCUGUGGAUUUUAAUGUUGGAAAGUCUGAUCGCAGCGGCGUUAAGGUCACAGGAAAGCGGAAGAAGAAUGCUCAACAUUUUGAGUCCAACACAGCGUUGUGUAAAAUUUCUACUUGUAAUGAUUCUUAUAUAGUAAGGUGUCGUGUCAAAGGCUCUCUUUUGGAAGUAAAUCAGCAACUAAUCAAGCAGCCAGAUUUGCUUAAUACUUCGGUAAGAAGCAGCGUAGUCCUCCCCAAGUGUAAAUCUUUUAAAAGUAAAAACUUAUUCAGGCGGAUUCUGUCACGCCGAAAUAACAUAGAUAACCUUUCUCAUUGCAAAAGAUGGAAAUUUCCAAGUAGUUCAAUUGAGAAUUAUUUACUUCAACUACUUGAAGCAAAAAAAUUUAUACUUUCCGUUGAUUCUUUAAGAUAAACAAAUAGUGGCAUUAUGUAUUCUCUAAUUGCAUAUUCGUUUUUGCAUCUGACUUGUCUUCAUCGUGAUUUAGCACCACCAAGCUUUGCAUAUUUCAUCUUUCCAUUUGCUUUUUUUUUUUUCUUGGCAAUAAUCUAUUAGCUCUUUUGGGCGAUCUUAUUGUUUUAUGUUUUUUUUUUUUUUAACAACACCUAGGCAGAUAGAGAAGGAUAUAUUGCUAUUAUAAUGCCAAAACCUGCUGAUUGGCUCAAGAUCAAGGCUUCACUCGUGGGACUUCAGGAGUACAAGAAGUUGAGGCAAGUCUCAUGAAUCUUUUGUCUGUCCCACGAUGGAACCUUAAGAAUCUAAACAAGUCUCGCGCCUUAUCCUAGUGCUUCCGAGAUUUCUUUACCCUCAAUUGAUGGGGCGCCAAAUGCAUGCUACAUGUUGGAUGAUACCAGAGCAGCAGAGCUUGUGUUUUGUGUCACGUCAAAGGAGCCUUUAGGUUUACUUUGUUAGUGUAUUUUCUGUUAUUUAAAACGAAUAUCUAUUGCUUGAUUUCAAUUAGCAAUAUAUAUGAUAUGCCUUUCGGCAAUGCAUACAUAUCACCUUCUUGAGAUAAUGUAUAUGGUCAGAGGUGGGAACAAUAGCUACGGGAGGGUAGAGAACUACUUGUUGAUUGAAUUUGUUAUUUGCUAAUUAUUCAAUGGAUUCUUGCAUGAA